AUGAUUAGCAAUCAACAUGAGCAGACUGCCAUAGCAACGCCCCUCGGCGGCCGCUGGACUCCGACCUUCACCUUGCCUCAGCCCUCAACGGCUUCGUCUGGAAGAAACGAAUUACUGAUCGAACGGUUAGUUCUGCGGCAUCUAGUGUAUAAGGUGACCCCUAGAAGGGCGUUCUUUAUUCAUGGGGAGCUGUUUACAACACUUUGUUCAGCGAGAAGGGUAAUCGAAUCACCAUUGAAACGUCUCGUAGGGGAAGUCGAUUGGAACCCCUGA